AUGGAUAAAAUUUCUAGGAAUCAAUUUAAUGGGAAAAAUUAUUGGAGGAAAAAAGGGUAUAAUCUCUUAGAUGGAGUUGAAAACAAGAGAAAAAUACAAGUAGUGAAGAUCAAUGGUGGCGACGACGGUGGAGGAAGCAAGUUUAGGAGGUUUUGGAGGGUUAAGAAGGGUUUAAAAUUUAAGGGUUAUUUUAAGAAAAUUUUUUUGUCACCCAAGAAAGUAUGGAACAAAUUUAAAGAUGGGUAUGUUAAUAUGAUGUUGAAAAUGGCUGGUGAAGUUGGGAAGGUUAAUGGAGGAAGUGAGUUUGAAAGGAAGAAAAUUUCACAAGCUAGACAAGUUAGGGUUAAGUAUAAGAAUCAACAAGAAUUUGAAGCUAGACUUGUUAUUGAGAUUUAUAAGGCGUUACAAACCUCUAAAGGUGUGUCCGAAGUUGUUUAG